CACCGCCUCCGCCGCCGCCAUGAUGCUCCGCCGGCUGCUCCGCGCCCCCGCCCCGCCGCCUCUCCCGCAGCCCGCCGCCGCUGCCGCCCGCUCCGUGGCCACGUAAGGGCCCGGUCGCGCGCGAGUGUAGUGCCCCUGACCCACGUGGAGGUGGAAGGUCGCAGGGAUCGGCCACCCCUCGUCCUGCUCCAUGGGCUCUUUGGUAGCCACAGCAACUUCCAGACGGUGGCCAAGACACUGGCACGCCGUGGUAGCGGCAAGGCAGGUGCUGACAGUGGACGCCCGGAACCACGGCAGCAGCCCCCACAGCCCUGUGAUGACGUAUGAAGCGAUGAGCCUGGACGUGCAGCACCUCCUGAGCCGCCUGGGCAUCACCAAGUGCAUCCUCGUGGGACACAGCAUGGGGGGCAAGACAGCCAUGACGCUGGCCUUGCAGCGGCCAGACCUGGUGGAGCGCCUCAUCUCCGUAGACAUUGGUCCUGGCUCAACCGCCCCCGUGUCCGAAUUCUCUGCCUACAUCUCAGCCAUGAAGGAGGUGAAGGUCCCAGCGGGGCUGUCCCGCUCGGCAGCACGCCAGCUGGCAGAUGACCAGCUGCAGCCCGUAGUCAAGCUCCCACAGUUGAGACAGUUCCUCCUCACCAACCUGGUGGAGGUGGAGGGUUGCUACGUGUGGCGGGUGAACCUGGAGGCUAUUUCCCGGCACCUGGCAGAUAUCAUGAACUUCCCUGUGUUCCAAAAGCCAUAUCCUGGUCCAGCACUCUUCUUGGGAGGGUCCGACUCGCCCUAUAUCAGCUCUAGAGACUACCCAGAGAUCCAACGUCUCUUCCCCAAGGCAGAGAUCCAGUACAUUAAAGGUGCAGGUCACAUAGUCCAUCAGGAUAAAUUUGAAGAAUUCAUCACUGCUGUCCUCAAUUUCCUGCCAUAGCUGUAGCACUGGGGAGCAGGGUUUGUGCAAGGACCAUGUGGGGCUUGAGGAGCUCUGGACAGUGAUGCAGGGCUUGGGCUCUGAGGAUGGGCUCAGCUGGGACUGGCUGCCCUCAAUGCAGUCUGAUCCUGCCUGCAAGACCUUCUCCCAUCCUGAUUCUCCUGCAGCCAGAGCAGAGAGACACCUGCAUCCUGCUGAGAUCUCCUGCCACCUGUCAGGGAGAUGGGGUGCCACUGCCUCAGGACACUGUCCUGCCUGCACAGGGGUGUCAGGCACACGGAUGGGGGCAGAAGAGCCCUCUUGUUUUCCUGCUGCCAGACCCUUCCAUGGAUCUGGCUGUGACUUUGCAGAAUAUGCAAUAAAGCUGAAUCCAUGCCAAGGCAGAACAGGGGUUGGAUGUGGCCAUGGUGGGCAGGGCAUGUGUGGGGGGCAGAGGAGGGGGUUCUCAGUUGGCAGCAGGGAUGCUGGUGGGAGUUGACAGCUGGACUGGGCCCUAAUGUGACAAGCUGUGGGAGCAGUGCACGUGAGACACAGGUUUGAGGAUCUUUCUUGGCUUCCAGGGGAAAUUGCAACUUUGCUCUAUGCCUGGGGGAGUGUGAGGAUUGGGGAGUGAGGGAAUCUGCCUCCUGAGCAAGGAGCAUGUUUGCCCACGCUGUCCCAAAGGCAGGUGUUGCUUCAUUCCUGUGCUCCCGACAAUUUCUCCCCUCCCACUUGCUGUGCAUCCCCCCGAGGCAGCAUAAGACCCACCCACCACGGGCUGGAGGCAGAGGAGCAGGGUGUCUGCUGCAAAAAUCCCUUUACUGGACAACUGGUAAAGUCGGGGACAGGGCAGAAGUGACCAUGGGGGUGACAAAUCAUCUCUGUCACAACUGGGGACACACUGUGUGUGCGGACAGUAGAGAGACACACUAACCAUCUCUGCUUUUGCUGCUCCAGAGCCAGGUGUCUGCUGCUCCCUGGGAUGAGUCUGCUUAAUUUGGGGUUGUUUGGAGGCCCCAAAAGGGAGGGAGGGCAGAAGACUGAGGAUGCUUUAUUCCAGGUCUGGCUGUAGUUGCCUAGCACAGCGGACACCAGGGACUGCUUUGGAGAUUUGCUGUGUUUCUGCGGAGCUCUCCCUCUCCCUCUCCUCUCCAGAGCUGGGCUGCACUGGCCUUGAGUUUUCUACUAUAUCAUCCUCAUAUUCAAACACUUUUCUUCUCUGUGUAUUACUUUUUUCCUGUGAAGAAUGUCAGACCAAUAAGCUCCAGAGUCACAAGUUACUACUGAAAUGAGUUUCUUGGGUGCCACCAGCCAGUUGGGGGUGGGGUCUGACCCCAGCUAUCAGCAUACAAGACCUUUGGACUAAGCCACAAGCUCUGGAGCCCAGGAUCUGUGGGGGAUUUCUCCCCAUUCCUUCCUGCUGGCCAGGUACCAGGUUUGGGGCACAGACAAAAGGCAGCUACAAGGUGCAAGGUGAAGCGUCUCACCAUGGCAGGAGAUCAGUGGCCUGAGGAGAGGUAGAGCUUUCUAGAGGUAGAGCUACAUUGUAGUCCAUCCUUGUGAUGGCAUCUGCUGUGGGAACAUAGGGAAGCAUUGUUGGACCUGGCGUGAGAGAGACAGCAGGCUCUGUUCCUGCAUGGGAAGGGUGCAGGGAAUUCAAGAGCUAUCCCAGGGGCACAUCCAGGCAUGUGUCUGGUGGCACGAGGGAUGCCAUGGGCUGCACCAACUCACUGGGCUCUGUGCCUGCCAAGUGUCAGGCUGCUGAUGCCUCCAGAGAUCCAGCUGACUCCCCAGGCAAAACCAGAGCCCUUUUUGACAGCCUGCUCCCAAGGAGCCUGCCAAGAAAAGACCUGUCCUGGCCUGAGCUCUGCUCCAAGAAGGACGUCUGAUCCUUGGCACAAAUGCAGUGAACCAAAAUGCCACCUUU